AUGGGCGCCGAACACUCCACCGCGCCCGCGUCGUCGUCCUCGACCGAGCGCACGGUGGGUCGAGCGGCGAUGGCGGCGGCGGCGAGCGCGUCGCGCGCGCGCGUCGUCCGACGAGGGGACGCGGGCGUGGACGAUGCGCACGUCGUGGACUCGACGGAGGACGCGCUCGAACGCGUACGAUGGGCUCGCGCGCGCGCGGGCGCGCUGGACGAUGGAUUUCUUCGACCCGCACCGAGCGCGCGGGGGGAGGGGGCGGAGACGGUGAACGACGAGGCGUUGGCGAGAGCGCUGCAGGCGGAGGAAGACGCGGCGGCGGAACGCGCGGAUAACGGAUCCGCGGUCGGGACGGCGUCGGGGGGGGAGGGUGACGCGAACGCGUGCGCUGGGUGCGGAUGCGGCUUCAGUGGGUUGGAGUUGGCGCUGGGAGGGACCGUGGGCGCGCUCGGACGGCGGUGGCACGCGAAGUGCUUGCGAUGCGACGACUGCGGCGAAGCGCUGUCCGGGAGGUUCGGUGGUGAGUUUUGCGUCGCGGGUAAGCCGGGAGGACGGCGACAGGUGUAUCACAAGAGAUGCUAUCAGCAGCGGCAUCGUCCGAGAUGCGACGUGUGCGCGGAGUUUAUCGCCGCGAGCGCCGACGGCUACAUUCACUUUGAGACGACGCCGUAUUGGGGAGAGAUGACGUGCACGAGGCACGCCACGGAUGGCACGCCUCGAUGCGAUGGGUGCCGACGGUACGAAAAGCGUGGAAUCGAGAACGAGUACGUUACACUCCCGGACGAUCGAAAGCUGUGCAUGCACUGCGUGCAAACCGUCGUCGUGGAUACACAAGACGCGGAGCCGCUGUACCGAGAUGUCUUGGACUUUUUUAGCGAGCUCGGUCUCAGUGCCUUGGGACCGGGCGCGGCAGAGUUACCACCAUUGUACAUGUGCACGCAAGACGUCAUCAAUCACGUCGACGAAGAGGAGGCGUGGCAUCGCGGGCGCACUUCGCAAGUCCGAGGCAUGUGUGUCUCGCACGUUGAAACUAUCAGCACCGUCUACAGGCAACCGACGUGGCGACAGGCCAACACCGGAUCGAUUUUCGACCUAUUGGGGCACCUCGACGUGGUCGAACACCGAAUUCCGCGAUCGACGUCACAAAAGGUGACGGCAAUUUUAGUCCUGAGCUGUCUUCCACGAAUGUUAGCAGGCUCCAUCUUGGCGCACGAGUGCAUGCACAUGUACCUCCGUCUAAAUGGAUAUCCCCAUUUGGAACCGGUCGUCGAGGAAGGAUUGUGCCAACUUUUCGCCCUGCUAUGGGUCGAGCGCCAAACCAUCGCACCCGGCUCUUCAUCCGACGACGCCGCGUUCGGCGCCUACGUCGCCAGUCAAAUCAGAGAGGAUCCGUCCGACGUCUACGGCGUCGGCGCUCGCCGCGCCAUCGCCGCCAACGAAUCCCACGGCCUUCGUGAGGUUUUAUCCACCGUAAAACGCACGGGAACGUUCCCAGUUAGCCAACCAUAG